UUUCUCUUUCUUCCCCGUGUGGGUUCGAGCCGUACACUAAUGCUUAGAUUGCGCACAAUCUGAACGAAAAGGAAAAACAAAAGCCAAAGCGGAGAGAGAGAGAGAGAGAGAGAGGGGGAGAGAGAGAGCGUGCAACGGUCGAAGCAUCUAAUCAUAUUGUUCUUCACGAGAAAAAGCUUAUACCCAUCAAACCUCUCUAUCUCUUUUCCUGUUUUUUAUUAUUAUUAUUUUUAUUUUUGGGGUUUUGAUUUACGAGCUAAAAUGAGAGAGAACGGAAAAGAAAACUAAAGCGAAAGAAAUUGAGAAAGCAUCUGCCAAUGCCUUUUCCUCUGCUUCCUUUUUGAGCUUCAAAACAAUGGCCGACGAUCUCUGUUCCUUCACCAAGGAUAUUUUUGUCAUAAAGGUACCCAAGAAAUCUCCAUUGGCGUUGAGGAUGAUUGUCUUGGUCUUUGCGAUGGUCUGUGGCGUGUAUAUAUGCUCAAUUUGUGUGAAGCAAAUUAGCACACACAGCAAGGCCGGAUUUCUGAAUAUCCCAGUGACCCAAAAGGCCUGUCCAGAACCAUAUAUUGAACCAUGGGAAAUUCCUUAUGUGCACUACCCUAAACCUAAAACUUAUAGCAGGGAUGGAUGUGCAUGUAAUCCCGUGCGGUAUUUUGCCAUUUUGUCUAUGCAGAGAUCUGGGAGUGGAUGGUUUGAGACAUUGUUAAACAAUCACACUAACAUAAGCUCUAAUGGAGAGAUUUUCUCUGUUAAAGUUAGGAGAAGUAAUAUCUCAACAAUCGUUGAGACUUUGGACAAAAUUUAUAAUCUCGACUGGCUCAGUAGUGCCUCAAAGAAUGAGUGUACAGCUGCAGUUGGCUUAAAGUGGAUGCUUAAUCAGGGUCUGAUGCAACAUCAUACAGAAAUAAUAGAUUACUUUAAUAGUCGGGGAGUUUCGGUUAUAUUUCUCUUCCGAAGGAAUCUUCUGCGUAGGAUGAUUUCAGUGCUUGCGAAUUUAUAUGAUCGAGAUGCUAAGCUAUUAAACGGAACACACAAGUCUCAUGUGCAUUCACCCCACGAGGCAGAGAUACUUGCAAAGUACAAGCCUAUACUCAAUGCAACACUGCUGAUACCCAAUCUGAAGCAAGUGGAAGAGACGACUGCGAAAGCUUUGGAGUACUUCAAGAGCACCCGGCACAUCAUUCUGUACUAUGAGGACAUAGUUAAAAACCGCACUAUGCUAAUAGAUGUUCAAGAUUUCCUGAAGGUUCCUCAUAGGGAACUAAAGAGUCGUCAGGUGAAGAUACACAAAGGUUCUCUAUCUAAUCAGAUAGGGAACUGGGAUGAUGUCGAAAAGAUGGUCAAGGGAACUCAUUAUGAAAGUUUCCUCCAUGCAGAUUAUUGAAAGUAUAGCACUGGUGAUAUGUAUAUAGGAUUCUCCGUUCUUUAACCCUUUUCUUCUUAUCCUUAAAUUUUUUCUUUUUUUUUUUUUUUGCCACAAGAUCCAACAGGACACCACCCUGUUGAAAUUUUGGCUGUGGCACUUGCGUUUUGCUUUCAGCUUUGUUUUUCUUUUUUUCCCUUACCAACUAAUAUUUUAUUGAUUCUUUUCUUUUUCCCCUUCCUUUUUGUAUGAACUUUGAGCUGAUCAAGAAUGCAGUUUCACCCAGGAAAAUUUUUGUCUAUAUAGAUGUACUUGAAGAUAUGACAAAUUGAGGACAAUCUAAUUUAGGAUUCUUUUAGGAAGUUUUGAAGAAAGUUGCAUGUUAUUUGGUUGCAAGUGAUAAUUUGUUUUUUCCUUUUGAAGGCAAUUUUAGUUAAUUAUUAUAUUUAGGAUAAUCUAGUUUGUAAAAUCUGAUGAGUCUGGGUUUACCGAUUCAAUUUGUU